UCGAAUUAAUUCGUUAAUUGAGAAGAAAACAAAUAAUAAUAGAAAAAACAAAGAUGAAUAUAGAGAACAAUAAGUAAAAUAAAUAUAGAAAAAAGAUUAAAAGAAGGAAAGGGGGAAUAAAUUAGAAACGAUAGCUAGUUCCACUUAUUGAACACUUUUCGUUUCAGACAUUUAAAAUAAAAACAAAAUGACCACGACAACGACGAGCACAAUAAUAACAGUGAUAAUAACAAUAGGCAUAGCACGAAUUUUAUUCAUCAUCAUUUUUCUCACGAAAUAUUUUCUCAUUUAAUUUAACUGAACGAAAACCCAUCCAGUCUGAGUGCUGACGUCAAAAGGUGCUUUAACAGCUUCAAUUUAGAUUUUUACGGACAUGACGACAAAGGACAUCGCAGUCGUGACGUUUUAAUACGUAUCGUAAGUAAAUUUGUAUUAAUUUCACGUCAAAACACGUAUUCUCACAGGGGGACGUCAGACACGUUAUGAUACGACAAAAAAAAAAAAAAAACGAGAAAAAUUGUUGCCGGAUAUUUAUGAUUAUUGUGGGUUCUCUUUUUUGGAUGUUGUUGUUGCUCGAAAGGUUUUCAUUUAACCAACACUGGGUGCACAGUCGUACUCAGUCUGUCUGUGUGCGUUAAAGAAUGAAAAAUCAAAUGAAACGGCUUUAAGCUUGUCGUAAAGAGUGGCGCGGCAAAGUGAGAUGUGAAUGUCUUCAUCCUUCCACAUAGAGGGCAGCAAUCAAAGCUCUUGUCUUCUUCCUCUUAUUACAUUAAUGUCAUGUGUUCCGUGUCCCGCGCGUUUUACGCAGCAAAACGUUGCCCACUCCUGAGCUUGACCUCCCAUUUCUGCUGCUGCCGCACUAUAACACAGGCUGCAGCCCACUGUGGGCCCGUUCUUCACAUGGUGCACAUCCAUGUGCCAGAAGGUUGGGGUGUGUGUGAGUGUGUGAGGCUGAGUGUGUGUGUCUGCACGGGCUACUGAGGCGGGCAUCAGUUUGAGCAAGGCAUUUCUCUUUACCCCGACAAACCUUCAGGGGGCUUUUAGCAUUUGUUCAGUCUGCAGUCUCUGGAAAACAUCUGAUUCAUUUUUUAAACAGUCCCAGAUGCUGCACUGAGUGUGUGUUGGAGUGUGCGUGUGUGUUGGAGUGCAUGAGAUUUUCUGCUGUAUCUAGAGAAGGGGUGGGAAAGACAAACCGUGUGGAUUUUUUUUUUUUUUUUUUUUGAAAUAUCACUUUUGAAGAAUGAACGCAGAUACGUGCGUCUCAUACUGCGAUAUGACAUCCAUGGAUUCAUAUUAUAGCUCGUCCACAGCGCAGGGUAGAGAUCACCAGGCCAACACGUUCAGGACUUUCCCGGCGUCUGAGAGCAAGUACAGCCCGACCUUCGUGUCUGGUAAAGGGCAGCUGUACGGGGAGAAGUCUCGGAGCCCAUUCCAGUCGGAGUGCCAGUCGCUGGAUGGCGCCGAGGAGAACACGUUCAGCAAAUACCAGCUCUUCAUGCAACGACCGACCUGCAAAACUCCACCCGAAGGAAGCAAGCUGCACCCGGACAGCGGCCACAACGGAGCCCUCAUGCCCUGCUACGGAAAAGACAGCAGUGGUCUGACAGAGUCCGAGUUAUCACCAAGUGUGGACCCCGCAGGGAUGGAAGGCAGUUAUCUGAAUCUGAAGGAGCCUGGGGUGAAGGGGCAGAGCGAGCGGCCAGGAUCUGACCUCUCCAGUCCCAUGGACAAAAGUGAGGCAGAGAGCAACAAAGGCAAGAAGAGACGAAACCGUACGACAUUCACCAGCUACCAGCUGGAGGAGCUAGAGAAAGUGUUCCAGAAGACACACUACCCAGACGUGUAUGCCCGAGAGCAGCUGGCACUGAGGACAGACCUGACGGAGGCUCGUGUACAGGUAUGGUUUCAGAAUCGCAGGGCAAAGUGGAGGAAAAGAGAGCGUUUUGGUCAAAUGCAACAAGUGCGAACACACUUUUCUACAGCGUAUGAGCUGCCUCUGCUGACCAGGCCUGAGAACUACGCACAGAUCCAGAACCCUUCAUGGCUCGGGAGCAGCAGCGGAGCAUCCCCGGUUCCAGGCUGCGUUGUUCCUUGUGACUCUGUGUCAUCCUGCAUGCCCCCCCACCCUCACGGUCCUGGAGGUGUCUCUGACUUCCUCAGCAUGUCCAGUCCAGGGAGCAGCCACAUGGGACAGACCCAUAUGGGCAGUCUGUUUGGGGGUCCUGCCAUGGGUGGAGGGAUCAACGGCUAUGACCUCAAUGUUGAUCCAGACCGCAAGUCCUCCAGCAUAGCUGCACUGCGCAUGAAGGCCAAAGAACACAGUGCAGCCAUCUCUUGGGCUACAUGAUGUCCCAACCCUGGUCCACCCUGUCC